AUCUGUCUACAUGUAUGGUAUGCGUGGACCACCCGUUCCCGACAAUCAUAUACAAACAUUACCGGAUAAUUGGUUUGACCAACGAGUCGAUCAUUUUAAUACAAGCGAUACCCGUACUUUCAAACAGACUGGUGGACCAGUGUUUCUAAUGUUGGACGGAGAAGCUGAGGGAACUGACUAUUUUGCAACAACGGGUGCAAUGGCCGAGUUUGCCUCAAGAUUUAACGCCAUAGCUGUCGAACUGGAACACCGAUACUAUGGCCAGUCGGUACCGACUGUGGAUCUGUCGGUCGAUAAUUUGCGAUACCUGACCGUCGAACAGGCCCUGAAAGAUACCGAUGAGUUUAUCGGGUAUUUGAAUGGAAAGUUAUCACUAACUAAUACAACUAAAUGGAUAACGUUUGGCGGAUCGUAUGCCGGAUCACUGGCCGCCUGGUUUCGUGAGAAAUAUCCCCAAUCGGUGGCCGGUUCGGUGGCCAGUAGUGCACCGGUUCAGGUACGGUACGAAUUCAAAGAGUAUUUAGGUGUCGAUAGCCAAUCGUUGGGUACUGAGUGUACCAAUCAGGUCAGAGAAGCAUUCAAACAAAUAGAGGAUCAGUUGAAAACAUCCCAAGGCUGCCAACUACUAACCAAACAGUUCAAUCUGUGUACACCAAUGAAUGGUACAGAUCUGGAUUCAGUACAUAAUCUUAAGUUCAACCUAAUUGUCCCGUUGGGUAUGGCCGCUCAAUACGAUGGACAGAUACCGUUAAGCGUCGGUAAAGUGUGCGCAAUGAUGAUGACCAAUGUGUCCAUCAAACAACCGGUUGAACGAUUGGCUAGUGUCCAGUCAGAGUAUCUGAGCGGUAAAUGUUUGGAUUAUGAUUGGAUAAAAUAUGUCAAUCAACUAAAAGAGACGUCCAAAACAGCACCGUUAGUCCGGGCGGGGACGUGCACUGAGUUAGCAUUUUUUAUAACCACUGGCCUCGAGGACAGUCCGUUUGGUCGGAACUCAGUUCCAGUUGAUUACUGGACCAAACAGUGUACCGAUGUUUUUGGCAAUGAGUUUACGCCGGAGUCAAUCAAGAAAGCAGUGGACAAGUUUAACGCCGGUUACGGCGGUUUCAAACCUAACGUCACAAAUGUUGUCUUUCCCAAUGGAUCGGUCGAUCCGUGGCAUGCGUUGAGUGUACUGAAUGAUCUGAACAAUAGUACCCGAGCUGUCUAUAUAAACGGUACAUCCCAUGGAUCGGAUAUGGUUCAAACAAAGCCAACUGAUCCACAGGUGCUGACCGAUGCCCGGCUGGCUAUUGAAAAACAGUUGCAUUUGUUUUUGCAAUGA